CUUUCGUGAGCAGGGGGCAAAACAAAGGCAAGCACAACUGCGAAACUCCCCGGCGCCGCGAACUCUCCGGUGGCCUCCCCCACACCAGUCUUCCUGGCGGCGAAACCUCGGCACGGCGAUGCUUCUCCGCCGACGCCUCCCAGCGACCCGCCUCCUCCGGCAGCUGCAAACCGGGGCGGCGGCGGCCUCCACCACCACCUCCUCCCCUCCCCCGCCGCCUCCUCUCCAAAAGCCCAUCGCCGCCUCCGCCUCCGCCUCGCCUUCUACGGCACUAGGGUCGCGCCUAGGGUUCCCCAAUGCGAAAUCGCGCGCUUCGUCCUCGAGGAGUGCCGCCUUCCUCGCUGCCGGCGCGGCCGCCGCGCUCGCGUCGCUGCCGGUGGUGGCCUACGCUGAUGCCAAUGAGGAGGGCGUGGCUGACGGCGCGGUGAGCACUGAUGCGGCGCCGGUGGAGGACUUGGCCCGCAAGGAGAGGAAGAGGAUAAUGGAGCUGAUUGAGAGCCGAGGAAUGCAGCCAGGGUCGUACCCGAAGUUUGAAGUUGCAAUCAAGGGCCAGAAGGUGGUUGUUAAAUUCAAUGUACCGUCAACCUGUAAUAUAUCGCGCCUCAUUGUUGAUCUCGUAACGCAUAUCGGACUUGAGGCAGAACAGUGUGUUGGUGGCUCAGAGAUACUAUUGCGUGCUUGGGACAGUGCAGCUGCGCGUCAAAUAACAUUGAAUCCUCCAAAAACGACAGCAAGCACUGGAGAGAACAAAGAAGAUUCUCUUUGUAUUUUGAUAUUUGAGCCACUUGUCGGAUCUGAAUAUGCUGUUAGUCCUUAUGAAAUUGAAUUCAUCAAGCCUGACAGUUUUAGUUCGAAAGAACUUGAAGGUUUGGUCAGUGCUUUAAAAAUAGCUGGGCAGAAAGAUGUUAAGACAUCAUCAGGGAAAGCGUCAACCAAAGGAAGUGGUCAGAGAUAUAAGCAUCUACCCUCUAUAGAAAAAACUGUAUCUGAUUUAGAGGAUAUGGGUGUUAGGGUCUAUGGGUUUGAUGAAACCUCUAGUGUUCCAAUGGAUGGCACUGUCAUGUGGGAGAACAUUGCUGGAUAUGAACAUCAGAAAAGGGAGAUAGAGGAUACUGUACUCUUGGCUUUACAGAAUCCUCAAAUAUAUGAUGACAUUGCUCGUGGUACACGUUGCAAAUUUGAAACAAAUCGACCUCGGGCGGUUCUGUUUGAAGGUCCACCUGGGACUGGUAAGACAUCUUCUGCUCGCGUCAUUGCCAAGCAAGCGGGAGUUCCACUAUUAUAUGUGCCACUGGAGAUCAUCAUGUCAAAAUAUUAUGGUGAAAGUGAGCGCCUGUUGGGAUCUGUUUUUUCACUUGCCAACAAUCUUCCUGAUGGAGGUAUUAUUUUCCUAGAUGAGGUAGACUCUUUUGCUAUUUCUCGAGAUAGUGAAAUGCAUGAAGCUACUCGAAGGAUAUUAUCAGUAAUUCUGCGGCAGAUCGACGGGUUCGAGCAGGAUAGACGUGUGGUGGUUAUUGCUGCAACAAAUAGAAAGGAAGACCUUGAUCCUGCUCUCAUCAGCCGUUUUGAUUCAAUGAUUUGUUUCGGCCUACCGGACCAGCAGAGCCGUGCAGAAAUAGCAGCCCAAUAUGCAAAGCACCUAACAAAAUCCGAGUUGGUUCAGUUUUCCCUUGCUACUGAGGAGAUGGCAGGAAGAGAUAUAAGGGAUAUUUGCAUGCAAGCAGAAAGACAUUGGGCAUCGAAGUUUAUCAGGGGACAAAUUCCAAAAGACGAGAAGGGGGAGCCCCCUCUUCCUCCAAUCGAUGAGUAUGUCGCAUGUGCCGAACAACGAAGAAAGUCUUUACCAGAUAGAACAAGACCAGCAGCAUCCAGAUCCGGCCCACCUCUGAAAUUAGCAUGAAGAAACCAUCUCUUAUAUAUGAUAUGGCUAAUAUAUAAAAAAGAAUGUAAUUCCAACGAGGAUGUGUAUACAAUUAGCUAGUUUCAUACGUGUUUCUGUAUAGUUACCUAAAUUUUGAGAUGAUUGGAAACCGGCUUUCUUUAGACGCUGAGGGAUAUAGUAGUCUAUAAAGGCGUUCUCAGUUUCUUUUCUGUAACAAUGUUUGGCUUUUCUUGGCUGUUAGAAUUAAACCUGGUAAUAGUUUGGGCUGAAA